AUCAACGAUCUCAAUGCCCAAGUUAACGAUCUGCGUGGCAAAUUCGUGAAACCAGCUUUGAAGAAGGUGUCCAAAUACGAAAACAAAUUCGCCAAGCUCCAGAAGAAGGCCGCUGAAUUUAACUUCCGUAACCAACUUAAGGUUGUUAAGAAGAAGGAAUUCACAUUGGAAGAGGAAGAGAAGGAGAAAAAACCCGACUGGUCCAAGGGCAAACCCGGCGAUGCUAAGGUAAAGGAGGAAGUUGAAGUUGAUGCCUAAGUUCGUUCCCGACCUAUGUGUGACUCCCGCCCUAAUUAUAAAUUUUAUUUAAAGUUUUUUUAAUUCAAACAACAUCAGAAUUACGAAUAUACUUCAUUAUUUACAAAUAUAUAUUUUUUAAAAAGUAAACAUAAUUGUUACAAACU